AUGAGUUAUGAUGGUGAUGAGAGUAGGUUGAAUGACUACCUGAAUCUCACUGGAAAAAUUGUAGUAUAUGCUGCAACGCCAUUUUUUGGAAGCCCGAUCACAAAUUCAUAUUUGAAGAAUUGUCCGGAGAGUGUCAAGACCUCCUGCAUUAUCACCAAUAAAAAACGGCACUUCUCCAACGCCCAUGCAGUGCUCUUUCAUUCCAGGGAUAUCGAUGAGAAGAAACUCGGCCAAUUGAAACGACGCACCGAUAUUCCUUAUAUCAUGAUGGCUUCUGAAAAUCCGUACUAUGCGAAUAUGAAGAAAUAUGAGAAUUAUUUUAAUUGGACAAUGACUUAUAGAAGAGAUUCCGAUGUAUAUUAUCCUUAUGGGGCAUUGGUGAAAACGGAGAAUUUGGCCACCCCAAACUACACCGAAAUCUGGACUUCCAAAACCAAAGACACGUUAUGGCUGGUAUCAAACACCUUUUACACCCAGAAUAAACGGAAGGAAGUUGUUGAUAAACUGGUGUCUCUCGGGAUGAAUAUCGAUCGAUUUGGAAAAAUUUAUAUGAAUGAACCCAAAUGGUGUCCAAGGAAUAGAGGACCGGAAGGGUGUGAUGAGAAGUUACACAGUCCCUACAAAUUCACGAUCGCCUUCGAAAACAGUAACUGCAAGGACUACGUCACAGAGAAAUUCUGGAGAAAAGCUGGAAGAUACAAAGUGGUACCGAUUGUCAUGGAACGGAAGAUUUAUAAGAAUUUGGGGAUUCCCGAUGACAUGUACAUAGCUAUUGAUGACUACCCCAAUUUGACGGAUUUUGUAGAACAUAUCCAAAAAAUUUCAGAAAAUGAAACGGAAUACAUAAAGUACCACAAGUGGAGAGAAAAUUAUAGAAUAGUGGACACCAAUGAGGACAACUACGGGUUUUGUCAGUUGUGUCAGAAGCUGGGGAAGCAGAUGACGAAGAAGAAGAAGAAGUCAUAUGAAAAUUUAGCUGCCUGGCAUAGUACAUUGAAUUGUGAUAACUCGUUUGCGAAUAGGUAUUUGAAAUAA